GCUUGACUUUGUUGCCCAUCCACCCACCUUCCACGCCAACAAACGCAACGUCCGGUCUCACUCGCACCACGUCAACGACAACUACUUUUCACAAUCUCAACACGUCGAACACAUCAACUCACAGCUCACACACUAUACCAGCAUCACCACACCGCACCCGCGCAGCUCGUAUAUCACAGCCCCACCAAACACACAUAUCCAACACCGACGACAUGGCGACCGUGUCGAUACUGAACGUCAGCGUGCGCAACAAUCCUGCGCCAUUCAACGCACCGUACGAAUUCGAAAUCACUUUUGAGUGUCUCGAGCCACUGCAAAAGGACCUGGAGUGGAAGCUGACCUACGUGGGCUCGGCCACAUCUUCUGAACACGAUCAAGAGCUCGACUCCCUUCUCGUCGGACCUAUCCCAGUCGGAGUCAACAAGUUCGUGUUCGAAGCGGAAGCUCCACGAACAGAGCACAUCCCCAGCACCGAUAUCCUCGGCGUCACCGUCAUCCUGCUCUCCUGCUCCUACGACGACCGCGAAUUCGUGCGUGUGGGCUACUAUGUCAACAAUGAAUAUGUCGACGCCUCCAUGAACGAUGACCCGCCAGCGAAGCCAGAAAUCGAGAAGAUUCGCCGAACCAUUCUCGCCGAGAAGCCUCGUGUCACGCGCUUUCAGAUCAAGUGGGACUCUGAGGAGAGCGCUCCUAGUGAGUUCCCGCCAGAGCAGCCAAACGUGGACAACGAGGAAGACGACGAGGCAGCCUACGGUGCCGAGGAGGAAGAAGAGGAGGAGGAGGAUGCCACCGCGGCAGGAGCUCUUGCCGAGGGCGAGGCGAGCGCAACUGCCAAGCUUCCUGGCGAGGAUGCUGAAAUGGAAGGCGUGGAGAACGGCAAGGACGACGAUGAGGAGUCCAACGCCGGCAGUGAAGAUCUCGAAGCAGAGAGCGAAGACGAUGAGGAUGACGAGGAAGAGGCUGAAGAGGAGGGUGACGACAUGGAGAUGGACGAUGCACCCGCUGAGAAUGGUGCUGCUCAACAUGGUGCCAACAACAAGCUUGCAGGAGGAUCUCAGCAACCACACCAGGCAGAGAUGAUGGUGCACUAGGAGGACCAGCCACGAUCGCGGCCGAUGUGCGCCAUUUGAAAUGACCAUUCAGUCACAUCCUGCAAUACCCGACACGACAUUAUAUGCCUUGGUCCGAUCAACGCCAGCCAAGCCCGUUAUUUGGAGAGAGAACAAUACCGUGGCAGCGUGAUCAGACGUGGCAACAGACAUCUAAGCUCCACCAUUGACGAUGCGUGAGAAUCAAUGCUAUGAGAAGAGGAAGAAGAGACGAAGGCAGAGGAGAGGGAGCGAGCGUGAAUUGAUUACGUUUGAAGCGCACUUGCAUUUGUAGAGAUGAACACUCAGAUAGAUAGGAUGAAUGACGCAAGCAUGCAAUGAACAAUCUCCCGUGCUGCGAGCGGGGAUAUCGAGUUCCUCAUUGGUCUUGAGCCGAUCAUCCAACGCCAUAUGUACAGUUGAUACCGAAUAUGUCCAAGUCUGGUUCUCGUCGACAUCGUUCAUUCGUUCACAUCGUCUUCUGAAAUCACUCACAACUCGUCCUUGACAUCCUCGGCCUUCUGCUUGACCUUCUCAGCGCCCUCUUUCACCUUGUCCGCCGCGCCCUUGGCUCCCUCUUUGACCUUCUCUUUCACGCUCUCCGCAGCAUCAGCCGCAGCACCUGCUGCUUGUCCACCCUUCUCCUGUGCCUCCUUCUUCGCCUUCUCAAUCUGCUCCCUCACAGCAGCGGGCAUCUCGCCCUUCUUCGCAUCACCAUCCUUGCCCGCAGCAGCUCCGCCACCCAUAGCACUAAGAUCAAUCGCCGGACCACCACCCUGGAACAAACUCCCGACACUUCCCAUCAUCGACUCCAGCUUCCCUCCUUUGAGCGGCCUCUUCUUCAUUGCUUCCUCGCACGGCUUCGGAGGAGUCUUUGGCGUUCCCUCUUCAUCCCGAAUCACGUUUCCAACAACCUUGUACUUGUCGUUAUUCCAGAAGAAAUUAUACCAAUGAUCCAGCGUCUCCAGCACCUUCUUAUCCGCUUCCUUUCGAUCCUCCUCUCUUCUCUUCUGAAUUGUCUUUGGUCUGACUUUUCCAAAGCGAUCGAUCGCUUUACUCGCCAAAUUCGUCAUCAUCUCUUGCGGCAUGGCACCCAUUGCGCCCAGAUCUCCAGAGAAAUCUCCCUCAGCGACCGCAGUGAGCAUUUCGUCGAGGUACUUAGGCAUGAACAUGAGGUGGACAUCCUCGAGACGCCAAGUGAAUUGAUCAUCAGUAUCCCAGCAUUCCGUCACCCAAGCGCGAGUUGCGUCUUUUCCGGUGAAGUGAUUGUAGUGACCACCAGGUCCGUAAAAGGCUGGAGAGGAGGAGACGUCGAAGAUUGUGCCGUUGAUGGCGAGGUAGAUUGGUUUCGAUUUGUCUUCGCCGGUGUAGGCUUUCAACUCGGCUUCGGUGAGGGAGAGAAGAUCGCUGACGCCAUCUGCCAUACCCGGGAUGUCCAUAGGCGUGGCAUCGUCGAAGUUGUCGUGGGAGUGGUCAUGUUCGCUGCCAUCGUGUUCGUGGGCGGCGGCGCCGAACAGCGGAGCGGGCUUUUUGCCUAAGGCGUAGUUGUUUAGAGCGCGAUCAACGAAAGGGUAGUUCUGGUUGAUGUAUGCUGCAACGGGUCCGUGAUUGCGGUUGUCGAUUUUGUAGUAGAAGAUGGCGACAAGGAAGCUGAUGAAGGAUAAUGCGAGCCAGGCUACAACCCAAAUGUUGGGUUCGAGGUCGACACCUUGAGCAUCGCGUUUCUCUUUUGAGUUGUCGUAUUCUUCGGGUGUUUUGGCGGGGACGCGUUUGGAGGGGAUGUUGCCGUCAGCGGCUGUUUUGCGUUUCCGGAGGUUGUCGGCGGGAGCCAUGGUGAGAGAUGGCGGUGGAGGUGUGCGAGAGUGGAGGUGAGGAGGGGAGAGAGUUGAAGAAGACGACUACGAGCUGGACGUCAUGCUAGCCAGCCACACGAUGAGGUGCGAGGACUGCCUCUGGAAAGCUGUCCUUCGAUGCAAUCAAUGCUUUUUAGACUUUCCUAGAGCUGGAGUUGGAGGGCACGAUGGAGGGGAGCUGCCG